UUUAUAUCUUUGAUGUAUUCUUCUCCAAAAGUGUUUGUGUGUGUAUUGAUAUAGAGAUUUAUAUAAACUCGUGAUGUGAACUGAAUGGUAAAAUAUUUCGUCUUUCGAGCGUCAAUUAAACUCUUAUUUUUGUGAAGUAUAGCAAGUGAAACAAGAUGUGGAAAUUUGCUGUUACUAUAUCACGCCGCUGCCUUCUUCCAUCUAGGAUGAGUGUACGCUUAAUGGAAACAGAAGCACCCCCACCUAUUUCAGAUUCUUCUCUUACUCGUCCACCUCUGCCAUUAAUAACCUCGCGAGAACUUCAGUAUAAACCUAAACAUAUUGAACCACGUCAAGCAUGGUUAUGUAACAUGGAUACUGUAGAGGAAGAAAAACUUGGAUUGAUAGAUUUACAUCCAUCUGUGUUCGCUGUGAUGCCAAGAAUGGAUAUAAUAUGGCAUAACUAUAACUGGCAAAAGAAAUAUCGUUUUGUGGAUUACAAAGUUGAUUAUACCAGAGCAGAAAUGCGUGGAGGCGGUCGUAAACCUUGGCCUCAAAAAGGGACUGGACGAGCUCGUCAUGGAAGCAUACGCUCUCCAAUUUUUGUAGGUGGUGGUAAAGCUCAUGGGAAAAGAGGACCGAUAACAAAAUUCUUUAUGCUACCUUUAGCAACAAGAGUUAAUGGUUUGAUUAACACAUUGACAUGCAAAUACACUCAAAAUGAUUUAGUUAUUGUUGAUUCUUUGGAAAUCCCAUCUGAUGAUCCAAAAUUCAUUGAAGAUCUUAUUGAGCACAGAAAAUGGGGAAUUUCUGUUCUGUUUAUUAACGACAUUGACUUAAUGCCUAGAAAUAUAACUCUAGCAACUGAUAAAAUGGAGUCUGUUACGUUAAUGCCAUAUUAUGGACUUAACGUUUAUAGCAUGCUGAAAUAUGAUACAUUAGUGCUGACUUUAGAAGCACUGAAUAAGAUUGAAGAAAGAUUGUUAUUUAAUUUGCACAGAACAGAUAUACAGCAACCUAAGUUUAGCCAAACACGCUUUAACCAAAGUGUUCUUAUAAAUAGUGAUUAGAAUUAUUUUGUAUAUCAAUAAAAACUUUUUAAAUUUUA